ACAGCUUAACACGCUAAGCGACAGUGCUGCGAAAUAAGUACAAAAUAUAUAUGUAUACCGUGCUCUGAUGUGUCAUGCAGUGAUAUCGUUGUUGAUAAGAAUUUAUUUUUAAAUUUGCUCAUAUAUUGCUUAUAAAUUUGCCUGCAAUUAAGUGCAUGCAAUAAAAUAUUAAACAAAUAAUUCAAAGUAAAUCCUACUAGCUACGCACAACUGACACUUAGGCACAAUAUGUCCAAAUCAAACAUUUUGCAAUUAAAUACCUAUUGUAUUUUUAAAAUACUCGAUCAGAUUAGAAUCAAUUGUGAAACAUCUAAAAUAAGGGAUAGAUUGGAUAUAUUUACAUACGCAGAUCUCGUAAGUUUUGCGCUUGCCUGUGAAUGGUUUCGCGAUGCUGUUUGGGUAUGGGACCCCCGUUUUUACGAACGCCUCGAGAUCGAGCAAACUUAUUUAAAUAGAUCUUCAUAUGUCAUCGUUGAUUUUGCCAAACAUUAUAAGCUACUGCAGCAUUCAAAGCAGAAAGAUAAAGAUACAUUUUGGAAAACGUUCAUGGAUGCACUUAGAUUCAAUACCAACUUAGAAGGUGUCAGAUUGAUUUAUAAUAUUAAAGAUAUGUAUUACAGUGAGCAUGGUACUAUAUUCGACAUGCUCAUACGUGCACUGCAAGACAAUUGCAGUAACAUUAAGUCAUUGGUAAUUGAUAUGUUAGGUAUGUUUUGUAUAAGCUAACUACAAAAUUAUAGGUACACAACUAUCUUUUGCACUUCCAGGGUAUUCCAUAAGUAGUUUGCAACAGUUCCGUAACCUUGAGCACCUUCAAUUAAAUGUAAGAGUCGAUGCUAUGGAGUUGGUUGAGUACUGCGAAUCCAAUCCAAACUUGACAAGAUUGGAGGUAAUGAGUAAUGAUAUUUAUGGAAAGCUAACUGACAUUAUGCCGUAUUGCAAUCAAUUGGAGACACUCGCAUUUAAAGUGAAGAGUGACUUUGACGACUCUGAAUAUACACCGGUAGCUAAAUUGCCAAAAUUAUGUGAUCUGCGAAUAGAAGGAAAUCACGAAGUUGGUUCCCUGAAUACGCUUUUCAAUGCAUUAGCUAAAAAUGAACAAACAAAUCUUACAAAGCUUAAGAUUGAUAAAGCCAACAUCGAUUAUGAUGAGAUUGCCGAAGUGUUAAGAAUACAAACACUACAAAAAUGCAGGUUCAACGGAAAUAAGGGCCUUGUUAUAAAAAUUGACUCAAUAAGUUUCGAUCAAAGGUUGGCAAAACUAACUUUAUACUUUAAAAAGGAACUUGACGCUGCCAAUUUGGCUGAUUUGGGUAGUUUAAUAAAUAUAACAAACUUACUCAUUGUUGGAAGGCACAAGAUCGGUACAUUAGCAAAACUCUUUACGAGGAUAGCUGAGCGAAAAUCGCCGAAGCUUGAACAGUUGAUAACUUUGUCAGAUAUGGAAUUUGAUGAAGAUGGAGAUAGUGAUGAAGAUAUUCAGUUCAAUUUUUUCUCGGAGCCAAUUACUUACCUGAAUAAUGAAGAGAUCAUCGAGGUCUUAAAAAUAAAAUCUCUAAAUGUUUUAGAUUGUCAAAUCGAUGAUCAUCGGGCUAUUGAAUUUCCAACCCGAUUGGCUAAAGUUAAAAGAAUAUCCAUAAAAAAAUGCGGAGGCGGAUCCUUGGCAAAUCUUUUCCAAGCAUUUGCAUUACAAGAAUGCGCGAAACUUACAAUUUUAUCCAUUUCGGGUUUCCCACUCGAUCACAAUGAGAUUUUUGAAAUUGGAAGAAUUCAAUCUUUAGCUCGGCUGACUUGCGGAUUUAUCGAUUUGAAAAGCAUUAAUUAUCUGACACCACUGAAUAAUCUCGAAAUACUUAAGAUAAACUCACAGCAUCAGCUCAACAAAGUUUCGGAAGCAGUUUUGAAUCUGUUCAUAUCAUGUAAUGGGAAUAUUAGUAUACUUUAUGAAAACAAUUGCAUAAGUAUGGAUAAAAAUGGGCGAGCACUAACCAUAACAAUGCGUGAAAGUACAUGUUCUGCAGAUUUUGAACCUCUAUCAAAUAUGCCCAAAUUACCAAUUCUAAUAAUAGAUGGAAAAUAUAAGCUAAACUCACUAGCCCCACUGAUAAAAGCAUUUGCCACAAAACGAUCUACGGUUCUUCAGAAAUUGUGUAUUGAAAUCGAUCCCAUUGAUUAUAAUGAAGUUAAGCAAAUUUCUCAAAUUAAAACCUUAAGGUAUUUAGAAUGCGAAUUCUCCGAUCUUGAAAGCAUUAAACUCUUGCGACAUUUAGCCAAUCUUGAAGUAUUGAAAAUACAUUCGGAGCACGAUCUGCGUGAUAUAGCAGAAGGUGUUCUAAAUGUUUUUAUGGGAGGGGCAAAUGAAAUAUCUGUUUUUUGUUUGUGUCGAGAGAUUACGUUUAAUAAAAGUCUCCGUAAGCUUACAAUUUCAAACAUUUCCUACUUUUGUGAAGUCUUCGACGCCCAAGAGUAUGUUGUGCUAGCUGAACUGCCAAAUCUUGGCACGUUGCAUAUAAAAGGAGAGCACAAAAUAGGCUCAUUCAAAUAUUUCUUCCAAGCACUUGCUGCAAGAGAAUGCUCAGCUCUUCGGGAGAUAAGCGUAAAUAGACGGAAUGAUGUGUUAGGACAUUUUCGAAUACAAACAUUUAAUUAUGAAGAAUCAAAAGAAUUAGUCAAAAUAUUGACCCUAAAGAAACUAAAAUGCGGCUUUUCAGACGGGAAGAGCCUUGAGCUCUUGUCGCUGCUAACAGACCUUGAGGAACUUGAAAUAACAACCUAUCCAGAAGGUUCCCUCAUACAGUUCCUGCACUCAUUAGUUUUACGAGAAUCGUCGAAACUUCAAUGCUUAGUCAUAAAAGGCAAAUCUCUUACUUGUGAAGAAACUGCCCAUGUGGCAAGAGUUAAGUCCCUAAGGAGAUUAGAAUGUGGAUUCGUCGAUGGAAAAAAUAUUGAAUUACUGGCCCAACUGAAUCAAUUGAAAGAACUUAUAAUAAGGAAUCUUGAACGAGACUCAAUGUCGCGACUCUUUCAUGUGUUUGCUGCUACAGAACCCAAAACUCUUCAACUCUUGAAUGUAAAAAGUACACCCAUAUCAUAUAUUGACACUGAGGCUAUUGUGCAAAUUCAAAGCCUACGAAGCUUGCAUUGUGAAUUCGCUGAGAUAAAAAGCAUAGAACUUUUAGUUAAAUUACCACAGCUUAAAGACCUUACCAUUAAAUUUGAUGAGUCUGAAGGUGAAGAAAUCAAACGUCUCGCGCAGUUAAAUAUGUUAACUGAUCUUCAAAUAACAUCACCAAACGUUGGAUCACUUACUGAACUCUUCAAAGGAAUAUCGCUAAAGCCAACCAAGCCAAUCUUACAAAGCCUGGUUAUUCAAGAUAAUAAUGUAGACCUAGAAGAGUUUCAAGAAAUAAUAAAGGUGAAAUCCCUACGACGACUAAAAUGUGGGUUUAUCGACAAAGAAUGCUUUCAAGAAUUGCGAUAUUUCGAAAAUCUAGAAGUGCUUGAAAUAACAUCAUAUCAUAACUCUGAUGAAAUUUCGCAAAUCCUUUUGCGGAUUUUCCAAUUUUGCUUCAAGCUAAAAGUCAUAGAUUUACGUUAUGGCACUCAAUUCGUUAAUCUGCAGUUCUUUAGAGAAGCUUUAAAGAUUCUCAGAGAAAUAAGAAAUCCAAUUGAACAGGGUCCACUACAGUUGCGCAUUCCAUUCUUUGAAGGCCUAACGCUGGAGCAAAUUGAGAUAGCUGAUGAAGCGUAUUUGAUUAUAUCUAGAUUUAUAGAUGAUUCAUAAUGUGCUUACUUUUAAGAUUGAGCUAGAAUUUAGUUUCGCACGUUAUUUAUUGUAAAUAGAUUAUAUUUACUCGAUCUUAUUUUAAUUACAUUACAAUGUUUAAAAGGAGAUCAAAUAAUAUAUGCUGUUUGCUUCUGAGCUUGUGUUGACACAUAAUCUAAUUA